AUGCUCACCAAUCGCGAGAGGUAUCUGGAGAACCGUCCAAUCUAUCUCGGAUUCAUCGCUCCGGUUAUAAUUUCCAUUCAAGCGAGGCCAACGUAUAUCGUCGAUGAACGCCACGAGGGCAUAUACAGCAACAGAAAACGUGUCAGCGCCCUUGCGCCUCUUGCAGAGCGAAUGAGAAAUGCAGUCAUGAAUGCCCCGGACAGAUCAAGCAGUGCACCCCCCGAUCUCAACACAAGCAGUGAUCCCCGGCCCGGCAGUCUCCUGUCGGUUGUACCGGCCUUGACACACGAUGGAGCUUCAGGGUCGACACCUUCGAGCCCGGAUCUGCCUUCCGAGUUGAAUCCAAGGACGCCAUCUUUAAUGGAAGGCCAGAGCAUAUACUCCUCAGAAGAGCAGACGGACGAAGACGAAGCGGGCUCUGCGCGGGCAGAAGAUUUUCCAAGCCCUCCAGGCUCGAGUGGAGAGAAGGAAGCGGAGAGUGAGACGAGGGAAGUUGGGGAGGAGGAAGACUCAAGAUGA